UCGUAUGGUUUGAUCCGUGAAAUUGAAUAGCUAUGCCUUCGUUCGCGGGAGAUUUUAACCGAGUGGGUGACGCGAACUCGGGCCGAAGUACGACUCGACUGCUAAUUUCGGUCAUCCGGAAAUUAUCCGAACAUAGUGGCGACGCUUCAUUGCGAGAAGAGGAAAGGAGAAAACUCGAAGAUAGUUAUGGAGUUGUGGACGAUAGAUUGAAGAAAAUAGUGCGUGCAAAACAAGAUGGUCUUAAUCGAACCGUUGAUGACUUUCAAGCGAUUUGCUCCAAUGUUCACAAAGCAUCAUUAAGUGUUGCAAAAGUGAAACUGAAUUUGGCAGCUUGUAAAGAUCAAAUUAAGUGCAAACGAGAUGAAUUGAAAAGAUUGCAUAAUGAAGCGGCGGAGCAAAGUAUGGUAUUGGAUAUUUUCGAAAGAAUCGACACAAUUUCGAAUACCUCGACCUUGAUUUCAUCUCUAAUUGAGCAGAAAAAAUACUCGAAAGCGGCAGAAAUUGUGCAGAAAGUAUCGAACGAUUACCAAAUGUUAUCUGAAGUUGCAACCGUUUCGGGUAUAACUUUACCCCUUGACAUAAAAGAACAUCUUUUUGGCAAAGUUGUAUCUCAAAUUCAAUAUGUACUCUAUGAACAAUCAGUGAAUGGAACCAAAACACAACAAAUGACUAAAACGAAGUCGCAAACUAGACAAGUCGGAGUGUUUACCCAGACACAUCCAGAUAAGGCCCGAAAAAGUGUCCUGUUUUCAACUGCCACCAAAAAUGUUUCCAAUGAAAGUUUCGAAGAAACUAUAAACGAACUGGUGUUUUCGCUAUCGGCGUUAAACAUGCUUUCAGAUGCAUCUAAAGCUUUGCAAGCAAACUUCAUGCAACAAGUGGAAAGAAUAUUCAUUAGCAGUCAAACGCAGCUAUCAAAUUUCUACGGAAACACUGGAACGUCGGGCUUAAACCAUGAAGAGCACAAGAAGCUGGUGUUUUCAGAAUUAUUUGAACUGAUAUUUGUGAAACUGGUUAAAAUUGUAGACCGUAAGAAUUUUUUCAUCCAGAAAAUGAACAUAGCUAUUUUGCAGUCGGCCAAAGGUUCAUCAUUCUCGAUUAAAAUGUAUUCAAUCGCCGAUUUUCUGGAAACUUUCCAGCAAGCUGUUAUUGAGAUUCUAUUUAAGUUUUUGGUCGAGUCUUCCAAAGAUCACUCUAUAAACUCGAACGCUGGAAAAUUUUACCUGAACCCAGCUACGCCAAAUUCCAAAAUGCCGGCUUUGCAAUCAAGUAACGAAACGAGUCGGAAACAGUACGUGUCUUUCGCUUCUUCAUUAACGAAGCAAAAAGGAAAUAACAAAUCAAGACAUAAUUUAUCAGAACCUGUGAGGAAUGCUCAAUCGUUGCCUUCGAUUUCAGAGAGUGCUCAAAGAGAAUCCCUAAUUACUCCAUCAAUUAUGAAUAUCACUUUGAUUGACAAACCUUUGAACAAAAUUUCGAAAUAUAUUUGCGAACAACUUGCUUGCUCUAAAGAACAAUGUAGUUUGUACGUCAGCAAAGAGAACCUCGUGAACAAAAACUUGUUCAACUAUUUGAGCCAGAAGUUGAAACGAGUUCUAGAAGAUUCUUUGCCAAAAGAUGGAAUCGGAAGCAUUGUUGAUUCGAGGAGCACUUUGGCUAAGUUAGAAUCUGACCAGGCUUUGAGUGACGCAACUAUUGUAGUUCACGAGCAACUGACAUAUCUUGCAGACAUAUCAAAGAAUAUGCCGACGUUUAAUACCAAGUUAGAAGAGUUAACGAGUCAGUUUUUAGGAGGGUUCUACAGUAGACUGCAUCAAAAAUACAUUUCACUCUUAUCAAUACCGGACUCUGAAAGUCACGUGAGCACUGUAUUGAAACUACUGGGAGCUAAGAACAUGAAAAGUAUUCUCAAAGAGACAAAGUCUUGGACUGAAAUAGCAGCGAAUUCAGGCGACGAUUUAAACGGAGACGUGUUCACCACUGGAAACAAUAAUUUCAUCGAUUGGUCAGUUAUCAAUUCCCAAAUUUUCGAAACUCUGGCUAACUUCGGCGGCCAGAAAAGUCUAAACAGUGUCAUCACAUCGAGCUCAGAAGCGUGCCAAGCAACAUUUCAAUCGUUGGCCAUUAUCAAUGUCAGUAUCAGCUGGCUAUUUUGUCAAGAUUAUCAACACGUGGCAGCACAAUUGGCAUCAGGCAAAGGCGAAAUCACCCGGACAAUAGAUGGUCUUGAAACUGUUUCUGAAACCUGUCUUCUAGCUUGCAAUUUGGAGCUGAAAGUGGCAUCCUUCUGUUUUCUAUCCCAACUUUUCGAAGGUUCAAAAAGCUCAUCAUUUAGUGCACAGUCUUCAAUUGAAGUUCACAGUAAAGUCAAAGAAUUAAUUCGAGUGAUAUACGAAGCGGAAAUGAUUUUUACAAGGUUCUUUGGUACAAAGAAGUUUGAUUUCGUUUUCGAUGGUUUGCCGCAUUUUAUUGAAAAAUUAUGCAUCUCGAGCGUCGACAAAUGCAGCGAAUUGUCAUCAUCUAGUAGCAAUUUUAUUGACAGAUUUCUGCUUGACGUUGCAGAAUUAAAAAGGGCCUUCAGAAAUAUCUCGCACAUGCAAAAUGUAAGGGUGAAUAAUUUCGAUAGUAUUUUGUCGUACUUUGAGCUGUUAAAGUACCCGCCGAAUGACUUAGUUCGAGUGUCCCUAGAAAACGAAGUCCAAUUUAACGAGAAAGAAUGGAUUGCGGUUCUCGUAGUUUCAGCGAAAAAGUUCAACAAAUUCUUAGAUGUUUCUGGCAAAGUAGAUCUGGGUUCACCAGAUUUGGCACAUCUGGUCAAAAAUCUCAGCCCUGUUACGAAACAGGAAUUAACUAAUUCUCCCACUGUCCCGAAUGGAGUAAUUUCCAGUCUAUGAGUGCUAAUUUAUAAAUUGUUCAUUCUAGAAACAACUUGUAUUAGUUUAUAAAAGAGGUGCGUGAUCCAAUUUUUGGUAAAAUUUUAUAAGUCCUAUUCAAUCCACUAUUGCAAAUUAAGGUUGAAAAAUAAUUAGUGCCAAGAUCUGAUUGUAUGUUAACUGGGAUAACACAGGUUUUUUUUGUGUUAUGAUUUCAAUAGUUCUCGUCAAUGGAUUCUACACUGCUAAUCACUGGUUUUUAGCCUUUCAUUGGAAUCUUGAAUUAUGUAUUUCACGGGGACUGGUUACAGCAUCUUAUGUAUUUGCCGCUGCGUUAUAAUUUCUGGUGCAGUUUUUACUUUUCUCAAGAUUUUAUUCACGAAUCCAAGUGAGCACGGUUUCAAGUUUACGAAUUGAUUCGCAGUAUUCCAGAAAAAUUGCAGGUGACCAUUUUAGGCCCAGUGUUAUGUCUAGACCGAGCAAAGGUGGAUGCAAGCACGACAAGACAGUCGAGGCUUUUCGCUGAUAAGAAUGAGAAAUGAACGAAAAAAAUUGUGCCGUCUAAUUCCAUGGUUUUUUAUUCGCGAUAAGCAAGGAUAUUGAAACCGAGUACCGGACAUUUUUUUCAGUAAAAAUUUUAACAGGCGCAAAGGCAGCGUCCAUGGUAUGGGUGACAAGGGCUCAAAUCCGGCCGUGAACUAAUUUUGUAAACAUAAAUUUUCCUGCUGCAAUGAUAAUUGUCUGUUUCACUUGUCUCAUGUUUUUUUUUUUUAUAACGGCACGAAGUUAUUUCAUGAAUAAAGCAAUCUCUUCUUAAUAUAAAGUUCAACUACUUACCCGGUGCCGCUGAAGCUGCAUUUUUUCUAAUAAACCUAAAAAAAUUAAACAUGACGACCAAGACAACUCUUCUUUACUUGAGUUCAGCAUGUUUUUUUUUAGCUUUCAACCAAAUUGAGCGCAAAUAUUUUAUUGAGAGCUUGUGUUUUAGAAAGCUUAAGACAUGUUUCAAAGCUUUUGUA